GGCACACUAGUGAGAAAGGAUGCGCAUGCGCAGGGUGAUGUUUCGACACCAGGCGCUGGCUUGGACAGAGGGGGCGGGAAUGCGCCUUGACAAGCAUUCGUAGAUUGCGUCAAAUUUGGCCGCGCCUCCACUAGCGUGCCCUCGGAAGUAACUGGCUGUAGUACAGUUCGUGUGAGGGUGAACAUGGCCGGAGAAGAAACAACUCGACCCUGCUUUACGAUGUCGGGCGGCCGCUGCAACGGUGACCAGGUUACGAGCACACCAGCAACUGAUCUGGACAAUGGCAGGAACCCUGAAGAUGCCAGGGAACUGCCGCUGAGCCAACAAGAGAGCCAGGCUGCUUACAACAACCUCGUGUGCUUUGAUUGCGGGGUUGCCUUCGCUUUUGCGGAAGCCUUCCAAGAUCACAUGACCACCCACACGACUCGAAUUCCUGGAAAAACCCGGGAACCAGCAAGCGACAAGGAAUGGAACCAGAUUCAGAAUACAGCCAUCGUGUGCCAUCUGUGUGGUGCUGCGUUCACUGACAUGGACACUUUCCAAAGGCACAACGCCGGUCACGAGAAUAAGGAAAACAUUCCAAGCCAGUCGGGGCACACGACUCCGGCCGAGAAGGAAGAUCUUCAACCAUUGCCUGAGAUGCAGGGCGGCCCCAGCAACGCAAUGCAAGGUGCAAGCUGUGCCGGCGUCCAACAAGACACGGCGAGAGUUCCCGAAGAAACCGGACAGGCAGCGUGGCAGCAGCGAGAAAACCAGGCUGCCAACAGAAUCCUACAGUGCCAUGUGUGCCGGUUCGCUUUCACCGACACGGUGGCCUUUGAUAAGCACACCGCUGACCACUCGCUCGGGAAAAACCACAACUGCUCGGAGUGUGGUAAACUGUUUGUGUCGGCUUCGAAACUCACGAGGCAUUUAAGUGUCCAUGGAGGCCACGACAUGGCGGCCUUCGAAAACCACGAAAAUGAGCACUCGCUUCGGAAAACCCACAAAUGCUCCGAUUGUGGCAAACUGUUUCAGAGGCCUUGGGACCUCGCGAAGCAUUUACGUACGCACGGCGAACCAUCCUUUGAGUGCGGCGUGUGCGGCAAAACAUUUUAUACCAAAGAUGGCCACGAGACCCACAUGUUUCUAUUCCACGUAGGGGCACAGGAUUGAGAAGCCGUCGAAGGGUCUGCUUAACACGGUAGCACACACCACGAAAUUGGUCCAGCACGUCGGGAAGCACAGUCGCAGGUCUCGCAUCUGCGUCUGUGUAGCCGGAUGUUCGCCCGCGAGGAGUGACUUCUCUGGAUGUCACCCUAGCGCCAAGACGUGUCGUGUGCCUUCGCAGAAAAACUUGCGAUCUGGGCCUCAACUGUUCUAGCUGUGCGCUGACUUCUGGACAAACCAAAUGGGGCUAAUCUUAUUCCUUCUGACUACGGCUGAAGCAUGCCUGCGAAUAAAAUUCUUAGUGAUUAUCUCGAGGAACACUGUACGCCA